AUGAUUAAACCCUUGUUGGCCGAGGGGGGCCAAUCUCCACCCACAACCACCCUUUUCUUCUGCUCUGAUUCCUCUCUUCUAUCCACGCCUGCGCAACAAGGUGAAUCCCCCGAGACACGCCCGAGCUGUUGUCGGCGGUGUCGUGGAUGCAAGUGCUGUGAGGUGUGGAUCAAUCAGAGGACCAGGGGAGUUCGAACCAAAAGUCGCGAAAUUCCACGGUCGCAGUUCAAGGGGGUGGAGCUCUCUUGCACAACAAACAGCAACAGCAAACAUCACACUCAUUACACAUUCGAUACUCGAUACUCCAUUCUCGGCGACUUUUUCUUGUCACCAGAAGCAGAAUAUCAUAAUAAUGCAAAUAUAGAGGACAGCUCAAACAGUCUUAAUCCGUCGGUCUAUGACUGGCAGCCAUUCAUUACAAGACCCAUAAUUCUUUACAUCAAUAACACCACCGACGAAGCUGAUCUUCGACCGCAACAACGAGCGAAAAACGUCCGCGCAAAGACGUUGUCCCAUCUUUACACAAUUAAACACAAAGUCAUUCAGAAACACUACGCCAUCCAUUCGCAUACAUUCACUUGCCAGCUUCUUCCUCCAGCAUAG